AUGUGGAAAUAUAGUACUUUAUUAACGCUUCUUGGAUUACUUAAUGUUUUUAUGGCAUAUGGACAAGAUACAGUUAAUAGUGAUGAGCCUACGCUUCUUAAUCUUGCCACAAAUGCAGAGAUCACAGUAAAUGCUACCUGUGGUCUGGAAGGACCAGAAACAUACUGUAAACUAGUCGACCAUGUCCGUCGGAGAUUUCCAUUCAAUCUUGCACCAGAAUCUACAGCUCAUUGUAGGAUAUGUGACAACAGUACAGAUUCAACUGCCCACCCUAUAGGAUAUGCAAUAGAUGGCUCUAACAAUUGGUGGCAAAGCCCCACAUUGACCCAGGGUCGGAAUUAUGAAUGGAUUACUAUAACACUAGAUAUAAAACAGAUUUACCAAGUGGCAUAUAUCAUAGUCAAAGCUGCCAAUUCUCCGAGGCCCGGAAACUGGAUCUUAGAGCGCUCACUAGAUGGCAUAGAGUACAAACCAUGGCAAUAUUAUGCUUUAAGUGACAGCGAAUGCUGGAAUGCUUAUGGAAUUAAACCAACAAUCGGCACACCUAUUUUUACCAAAGACGAUGAAGUCAUCUGCACGUCAUAUUAUUCUAAACUAGAUCCAUUGGAAAAUGGCGAGAUUUUUACAUCACUCAUCAACGGGAGGCCGGGAAUCGCUGGAAGCACUACUCUGAAGGAAUUUACUGCUGCCCGUUUCAUCAGAUUGAGGCUACAGCGGAUCAGGACAUUGAAUGCGGAUCUGAUGACAAUAGUAACGAGUGAUCCUGCCUCUAUUGACCCAUCUGUAACCAGAAGAUAUUUUUACUCCAUCAAGGAUAUCUCGAUUGGAGGACAGUGUAUAUGUUUUGGUCAUGCUGAGGAAUGUCCUGUUGAUCAAAGGACAGGGACCCUAAGGUGCAGGUGUGAACACAAUACAUGUGGAGACAGUUGUGAGAAAUGUUGCCCUAAAUUCAACCAGAAACCAUGGCAACAAGGUAGUGCAGAGGACAGCUUUGUAUGUGAAGAAUGUAACUGCUAUGGUCACAGUGAUGAGUGCGUAUACAAUGCAACAAUUGCUGAAGAGAAGCGUAGUAUUAACAUCAGAGGAGAGUAUGAGGGAGGUGGCGUGUGCCUCAACUGUAAGCACAACACUGAUGGUCCAAACUGUGAGACGUGUAAGGAUGGUUUUUAUCGCCCAAGUAGGGUGCCCCUGAGCUCCCCUGAUGCAUGUGCCUGGAGAUGUAACUGUCCGAUGGAGGGCUCCACUGGAUCAUGCAUCAAAGAUGAUACCAGAAUCAAUGAAGGCCUGAACCCAGGAGAUUGCAUCUGUCGGGAGGGGUAUGCAGGAAAAGGCUGUGAUCGUUGUGCUCCCGGAUUUCGGGGAUUCCCCAACUGUGAGCCAUGUCCCUGCAACCGAGCAGGAAGUCUCAAUUUUGAUACUUGUGAUGGUGUUUGCAGAUGCAAGGCCAAUGUGUAUGGAGAAAAAUGUGACAAAUGUCUCCCUGGAUAUUUCAACCUAGAUGCCUCAAACCCUGAUGGUUGUACAGCUUGCUUUUGCUUUGGAAUCACUAAUGUAUGCACGGAGUCUGAUCUUCAAAAAGACAAGGAAGACAAGUUGAGUGGCUGGGUUGUGACAGAUGGGUUCAGAGAUGGCUAUGCUAUACCCAGGAAGACAGAUGACUAUGUUUAUUUUACCAAAGAUGACUUAGUGAAUACACCGGUCCAGAACAAAAGCCUCUUCUACUGGCAUGCCCCUAGAGAGUACCUAGGAAACAAGCUUUCAUCCUAUGGAGGAGACCUGACAUAUAAGAUCCAUUACACAAUAGAUGAAACAUUCCCCAACCUCACUGCAUUGGCUGAUGUAGAUGUGAUCCUCAUGGGUGGUGGAGGUGAGGGUGGCCCAUUUCCUCCAGGGGCUGAGGGUUCAUCCAUAUGGAUCGGUUCAGGAGGGUGUUCCUUUGUGGAAAACCAUGAUCAUGAAAACACGGUAAAUCUCACUGAGAGCAAGUGGCAGAUCAUUGACCCGUCAACGGGAUUCAGGACGUCAGGGGUUCUCAAGGAAGACUUUAUGGGUGUACUGACCAACCUUCGGGCGAUGUUAAUCCUGGCCACAUACCAUACAGCACAAGUUGAAUCAAGACUAUUGUCCGUUGAGUUUGACACAACCAGAGAGGCCAUUGAUGGAGAUGACUCUAACAGGAUGACCUCAGCUGAGAUUUGUGAAUGUCCACCUGGAUAUGUAGGAGACUCUUGUGAGAGCUGUGCUGAAGGUUACAGAAGGAUUGAGAACAGGCUAUUUGAGGGAAUCUGUGAACCAUGUAUGUGCAACAACCACUCAAGGAGCUGUGAUGCCUACUCUGGAGAAUGUUCAGACUGCGCUGACCAUACUACUGGCAAACAUUGUGAUGAGUGUGCCUUAGGCUUCUAUGGAGACCCUACCAGAGGUGGUAAUGAUGACUGCCUUCCGUGUGCUUGCCCUCUCUUCGAACAGUCCAACAAUUUUGCUGAAGUUUGUGUGCUGAAUGUGGGCCCUGCAGCUGGUGAUGGUGAUUCGUAUACAUGUAUUGAUUGCCCCGAUGCCUAUGCUGGUCCACACUGUGAACAGUGUGCUGAUGGCUAUUUUGGAGAUCCAUUAGUUAUUGGUGACUUUUGUCGUCCUUGCGAGUGCAGCGGAAACGUCGACCUCCACGCUGUCGGGAACUGUGAUCGUGAAAGUGGCCAGUGUCUCAAGUGUAUAGGCAACACAGAAGGAUUCCAUUGUGAGAAAUGUGUGGCUGGAUAUUUUGGAACAGCAUAUGGAUUGAAUUGUACAGAGUGUGCUUGUAAUCCCCAUGGCUCUACGGACAGUGUAUGUGACAUUGAGGAUGGACAGUGUACAUGUAAACCUCUCUUUACUGGCAGAGACUGCGGAAGAUGUGAGGAUGGCUUUGGUAAUGUUGAGGAGGGCUGCCUGGCAUGCGAGUGUAGCAAGAUGGGGUCAACAUCUGACCUUUGUGACCCUGUCUCUGGUCAAUGUCCUUGCAAACAUGGGGUGAAUGGAAUGAAAUGUGAGGAGUGCCAAACAGGAUAUUUUGGAUUCACCGAGGCUGGCUGUGAGAGUUGUAACUGUUAUGCUCAAGGCACAAACAAUAGCAAUUGUGAUGUCAUAACAGGACAAUGUGAAUGUUUGCCUAAUGUUGAGGGAGCCAUGUGUGACACUUGUAAGGUGAACCAUUAUGGUAUAGAACAGGGUCAAGGUUGUGAGGCAUGUAUGUGUGACCCAGUGGGAUCAAUGACACAACAGUGUAAUGACACUACAGGCCAGUGUCAGUGUAAACCAGGUGUCACAGGCAGACAGUGCGAUCGUUGCGCCAAUGGCUACUUUGGACUAAGUGAAAAUGGAUGUGAAGAAUGUCCAGUGUGUCUUGCCCCUGGGCAAGUAUGUGAUCCUGAGACUGGCGAAUGUGUGUGUCCCCCUUACACCAUAGGAGAUAUGUGUGAGGACUGUGAUUUAGGGGCCUGGGGUCAUGACCCAAUUGAUGGAUGCAAGCCUUGUAACUGUGACCCAACUGGCUCAACCAGCAAUGAUUGUGACUUACUCACAGGGAAGUGUGAAUGCAAUAAACGAUUCAGUGGAGACAAGUGUGAUGAAUGCAAGUUUGGCCACUUUAAUUUCCCAGAAUGUAAACCAUGUCAUUGUAAUGAGGCUGGGACUGAUCCAAGGACGUGUGAUGAACAGGGCCAUUGUGGGUGUAGCCAGGAUUUGGGUCUUUGUACUUGUAAGGCUAAUACAGAGGGGAAGAAAUGUGGCCAUUGUAAGGAAGGCUAUUAUAACAUUGCUGCCAACAAUCCUGAAGGAUGUAUGGCCUGUUUCUGCUUUGGCAAGUCCAACAUCUGCAGUCAAGCUCCUUAUAGUUGGGUACAGGUUGAAGCCCCAGGUCAGGGGAUCACCCAUAAUGAAGAUGCAGAGUCUGUGAUCAUUCUGCGCCCUGGCCCAGGACUACCUGUGGUUAACCCAGGCACUAAGAGUGUGAGAAUAGAGUCUGUGGGUGGAGGGAUGAAGCCUGUGUAUUGGAGCCUGCCUCAGCAGUUACUUGGAGAUAAGAUCAUAUCCUACAAUGGUAAACUGAGGUUCACUAUUCGUUACUCUAAUCUGCCGGGUAUUAAUGAUACCGUUCAGUCCAUUUUCCCAUUGGUCCAGCUGGUGGGUAAUAACCGCAUCUACUUGGAGUAUUAUAUCAAUAACACCCUGGCACCUGAUGCUGAUAUCACAUUUGAGGUGCCCUUACAUGAGGACCAGUGGUUUACAAAUGGUACAUACUCUGUAAAAAGGGUACCAGUAAGCAGGGCCACACUGAUGGCUGCCCUUCAGAAUGUCCAGGCAAUACUUGUUCGAGCUACUGAAGCACCACCUGUCCUCUCAGCUGAGAUCCGUGAUAUAUCUCUGGAUGUUGCCAUGGCAACCAAUGGUACCCCUAAUGCUCUAGGGGUUGAGAUGUGCACCUGUCCCCCAGAAUACACUGGACUCUCCUGUCAGGAUCCAGCUGAUGGCUAUUUCCGCAAGCCUUCAGAUAACGCCACAGCACCUGAAGAUCUGAUUGGCUCUAGUGAAAAGUGUCAGUGUAAUGGCCACAGCAAGCUGUGUGAUAAAGAGACAGGAGUCUGCUAUGAUUGCCAACACCUGACCUCAGGCGACCAUUGUGAGAAGUGUAUAGAUGGUUACUAUGGUGACACAUCUUCGGGGCGCAAUGAUUCUUGUAAACCAUGUGCCUGUCCUCUCUUUGACUCAAGUAACAACUUCAGUCCGACGUGUGAACUUAACGAAGCUGGUACAGAUUAUGUGUGUAAUGCCUGCCCUGAGGGUUAUACAGGUGACAAGUGUGAACGUUGUGCUGAUGAUUACUAUGGUGACCCCACCACUGUGGGUGGCUCCUGCAUACCCUGUCUGUGUAACCCAGAGGGCUCGUUCAGUGGAAUGUGUGAUAAUGUCACGGGACAGUGCGAGUGCUUUGAAGGAGUGCUGGGACGAGCAUGUGACGAGUGUGAAGAAAGAUAUGCAGUUGAUGAAGGAGCAUGUGUUUCUUGUGAUGAGGGAUGUACUUCUGAAUUGAUGGAAGCCAUUGAUGAGUUAGAAUACAACAUGACUGCCAACAAUCUUGAUGGUGUUGCACUGUUACCAUGGGAACGAAUGUUUGCUGCCCAGAAUUUGUCAGUGAGGAUAAGAAAAACUCUGGAUGCAGCCAAGUUUGUUGGUGUGGGAGAUUUAGGUGCACUCGUUGCAGAGGCGAAAGAAGAUUCAGAAGCACUCCUUAACAAGAGUAGAAUUAUGCGGGGAGAAUCCUUAAAGAAUGCUCUAGAUGGCCAGAGGCUAGCAAAUGAAUCGAUGUCAAUAUUUAACGAUGUCAACAAGAUGGAUGCAGAAAUGAGAGCUUCUGUUGAGGAAGCUGUAGGACUAGUGAAUGCACAGUUGAAGAACCAGAGCAAGAGUCUGUUUGACCUGACUAAGGCACUAGGAGAAGCAGAAAUGAUUCUCGAUGAGAUUGUUCAGCGAAAUUUCUUCCCAGAUGAAACUGAUGCGAACACUGAACUCAAAGCAGCCCAGCAAGCACUGAAAGAUGUACAGAAUGUACUAGGCACAGUGGACAACCUAGAUUUGGAAGGAGUGAAGCAACGAAACAACGUCAUCUUAGACAAAAUUAAUGACCUGAAACAACACAUAGCAGAGUCAAAUAACAACAGUAUGGUCACUCAAUUGAUGACUCAGCAGAAUAAGCGCAAUCUUGGGAUGCUUCAGGAUAUGGUUGAACAAAUUAAUAAUGACUCAGCAAUGGUCCGCGGUGUGCUGGAUAUGGCAAAAGAGCUCAAUGAAAAUGCAGCGGAUAUGUUGUGGAAUAAUGCUAGUAAGGCAUAUGAAGAGUCACGUGUGAUGAGCAAUGAGUUGGUAGAGUUGUCCAAGGCGUUGUUUGAGAAGGGAGGACUGCUUAAACAGAACAUUCCUAAGAUGAGAGAGAGGGUGCAAGAGGCACAGAACCACUCUGCUAACUUGGAAAAAUAUGCAGAUGAGCUUGCUGACUUUUUCAAGCCAACAAAGGAUGCAGCCGUAGAUUCCCUUGCCGCAGCCAGUGUUUAUGUUAACAUCAUUAAAGCUAUAAACGAAUCUGAGGCAGCUGCUAAUGAUGCAAAGGAUGCUUCUGAUUUCUCACAUGAUCAGGCAAUGAUGCAACCAGAAGGUACCAUUAGAGAACAAGCAGCAAAAGCUCUGCAGAGGAGUAAAGACAUGAUGACUAAUGCAAGUGCUCAUCUUAAUGCCACAGAAGAUUUCAGUGAGAGGCUGGUCACUGCAGAAGAGAACCUGGCUGUUGUUGACAAGACCACAAAGAAUGUUAAGGUUGAGGUGGACUAUGUCAAUGAUGAAAUGGACAAACUCAAUGAAACAAAUGGCCUCAGUGUCAUAUUGGGAGAUGUUAAACUGAAUGCUGAAGAUAUCAUGGAGAGAUCUGAUGACAAGAUUGCAACAGUUGACAAUAUCACCAAUGACAUGGAGAAGCAAUGGAAACCAAAGCUGGACCUUCUGAAGAACAUUGACAUUGGAGGAUUUGAUGAGAUGGAGGAAACAGUGAUUGAUGCUGUGAAGAAGUUCAACAAAGCCAAGAAUAUCACCAAAGAUCUUGAAGAGAAAGCUGAAACAAUGGGCAUCCUGAACAACAAGAUUAACAAGAAUAUAAUGCAGUUGAAAGACAGAAUCAUGCAGGCCAGACAACAGGCCAACACUAUCAAGACAUCAAUCGCAGCCAGUGGAUCAUGUGUAAGGGCCUAUAAGCCAGACAUCAGGCCAAGUACAUCCAACACAAUCAGUAUGCACUUCAAGACCAACACUUCAAGCACUGACAUGUUGCUGUUUUAUAUCCAAAGCAACAAAGCUGGCGAAGAAUUGGACUACAUGGCUAUAGAGCUACUGAACAAGAAGGUCAGGUUUAUGUUUGACAAUGGAGCAGGCUCUCAGAUACUGGAACAUCCACUGGAGAUUGAAAAUGCAAAUUAUGAAGACAUCAAUGAGAAUGCUCAGUGGUACCGCAUAGAAGCCAACAGGUUCACUAAUGUUGGAACCUUGAGUGUACGCAAGAUGUCUACACCUGAAGAUGAACAACAAACAGUAACUGGUACUGCUCCCCCCACCUACACUAGGAUGGACAUAGACUCUGAUGGAUUGUUCUACAUUGGUGGUGUACCAAAGGAUUUCAGUCUUCCUUCCACAUUGAAAAGCAACACUUUCAUUGGUUGUAUUGGCGAUGUCACAAUGGAUGGUAAAACUAUAGGUCUAUACAACUUCCGAGAGGUCGAGGGUCAAAACUCAUGUGGCGGAUGCACAACUGUACCAUCGUCUGAUGCCGGGACGUCAAAUACCUACCAGUUUGAUGGAACAGGUUAUGUGACAAUGCCGCCAUUCCAGAGAUUCCGUGCUGAUACUUUAGGUAUCAAAUUGGAGUUCAGGAGUUUCUGGGAUGAUUCCUUGUUGUUCUUUGCGGGAAAUGAGGCAAACAGGAACUUUGCAUCAUUACAAUUGAUAGAUGGUCGCGUGAAGUUUCACUAUAACUUUGGGGAUGGAUCAUAUGGUGAGAUGAUAACUGAGAAAAGAUACAACACCAACGAAUGGGUCAAGGUAGUUGCAUCAAGAAAGGGCUCUAAAGGUCAACUUACAGUGGGUGAUGAGGUGAUAGGAGGAGAUACAACUGGUGAGGCAACAGAUCUUGAGAUUUCGACAGCAGAUCUCUACUUUGGUGGUAUCUCUCUCAAUGUGAAGGAUGCACAAUUCAAUGUGACAGCGAUGAGUUUCCUUGGGUGUAUGAGGGAUAUAUCAGUGACCUCUAGGGGAUUGACUGCUCUCAAUCUACUCAACGGCAAGUACAUAGGCAUGCAGUCUGGCUGUAGAGAUAAAUCAAGAGUAGUUGGAUUCCCUGGCACUGGGUUCCUUGAGAUUCCUGGAGAAGACUUACCAAAGGAUGCAACCAUAUCACUUACAUUCCAGACGUACCAACCAGAUACAAUACUGAUGGUCUCAAAGCCUGUACCAGAGGGGGAUAACUUCUACAUAGCACUUAGGGAUGGCUAUGCAGUGGCAACCUUUAACCCAGGAACAGGCCAGUUUGGCAUGGGAACAAGCAAACGUUAUAAUGAUGGAGAGUUACACACUUUGUCUGUAGUGAAGCAACGUAGACAGAUCCAGCUGAUAAUAGAUGACCAGUGGGUCGGCAAUGCAUUCAUCCCAAGGAAAGGUGACAACAAGAUCUCAGGGGACCCUGAAAAAGGUCUAUAUAUAGGUGGAGUUCCCCAAGACUGGCCUGCAGGAAAUGUGAUUCCUGACACAGCACAACCUUUCAGAGGAUGUAUACGAGAUGUUGUCAUUAAUUCAAAGAUGAAAUACUUGGAGAACGCAGUUAGUUUUGAGAAAGCAGAUGUGGGCAGAUGUCAGAGUUUAGAAUAUGGCUUCAAUGAGACCUUGCCAGCCCCUGCUCCCACCGGUCCCACACUUACAACUGCUGCCCCUGUCACUGUGACCACUGCACCCUCUAUAUUACCAAUCAUAGACAGGACAACAGAACAACCAGCAACUGAGCCCCCAAGGUCAUGUAUUGUGCCAGUUGAAGAUGGCAUCUAUACUGUGGAUCCCAUUGCAGUUGCCUUAGGUCUAAAGAACAGCCAUGCACAGAUUAAUGUCCGCAGAUCCAAAGUCAGAAAAGAUUUCAAUGUGACUGUUGAGUUCCGUACAUACUACAAGAAUGGUCUGAUAUUUUACGUCACCAAUGAUGAGCAGUCUGAGUUUGUUGCUGUUCAAAUUGUUGAUGGCCAGAUAGUUCUGUUAUUUAGUGACAAGGAAGGCAGGACUAACUCUAUAUCGAGUCAGAAAGGCAUGGAUGAUGGAAAAUGGCACCAGCUUGUAAUGAAGAAAAAUCGCACAAUAGUGACACUAAAAGUUGAUAAUGGUGCAGAAAAGCAAGACAAAAUUGCUAGGAAGAUAGAUGUUCAAGCGCCCAUGUAUGUGGGAGGUCUUCCAGAGAUUUAUGAGCUUAGAUCUGGUUUGGAACCUGAGAGCUUCAAGGGCUGUAUGCGCAAGUUUGUGCUGAAUGACGAAAAGAUAGAUCUAGCCAAUUCUAAGUCAAUCAUGGGUAUAGGAUCUUGUUAUGAGACCACAGAGAAAGGAGUCUAUUUCAAUGGAGAUGCCUAUGCUAUAUAUAGAGAGAACUAUAAUGUUGGUACAGACUUCAUGAUCAAGCUUGAAUUCCGUACACACAAACAGAAUGGAAUUCUACUGUCUAUAUCCUCCCCCAGUGGAACUCCUGCACUGGCUCUAAGUCUACACAAUGGAAAGAUAAUGUUCAGCAUGACAAACAAGAAUGGCAAGUUCAGUGCCACGUCAAACAUGACGACACCAUAUGCUUUGUGUGACAGCCGUUGGCACCAAGUGAUAGCUCAAUUCAGUGGGGAUCGACUAGUGCUCAAAGUUGAUGACGGCAAAUCAGUUGUUACCAUGGAUACAAAUGGAGAUGUUCCUUCAUUGGACACUUCUGACCUCCUGUUUUUCGGAGGCUACCCAGUAUUCUCUGAGCCUCAGGGGGCAACUGAGUCGAAUGAAUACUUUGAGGGCUGUAUGAAGAAUGUGGAGGUGAAUGGAGAGGAGGCUGAUUGGUAUAAUAUGUACCAACUGGUGGAUGUGCAUCUCAGCUCCUGUCCAAUCAGAUAACAAAACACCAUGUCCAGUCAGAUGACAUCACCAACAAAUUGUCCAAUCAAAUAAAAGCACAAAAACAUUGACCAAUCAGAUAACAGUACAAAAAACAAUGGCCAAUUAAAUAAUUCCAGAUCCAGGAUGUGAUAUACUAACGUUUAGAUUGUGCUUGUUUAUCAGUUCAUAGAUUUGAAAAAAGGAGAAUAUGGAAAAAUAACUUUUGGUAAAACAUACGUUGAUCAUAUCUGAUUCAACUUUAAUUGAUUGCAUUUUUCACAAUUGUCUUGGGGCAGCUGUGAAUUCUAUAUAUCUACCUCACCUGAUAAUACUGGCAUUUACAUAUGUUGUCGUUUUAUAUAAAGCAAUCUUAUAAAUAGUAGUUUAAUGAAGUCCUAUACAGUUCAGAUCAAAAUUAGACUGAGGAAGUUAUAACAUUGUAUAUUUGGCCCAUUGAACUCGAAGUUCUAAGGUUGUAGAUUUGAACCACUGAACUUCAGUUGAUUUUGACUUGCACUGCUUAGAUACAUUACCCUGUUAGUUGUAGGUUGCAGAAGAGGUUAUAAAGUUCUUAGUAUUUAUACAUAGUUGGUUAGUAAUAUAUGGGUUUGGGUCAAAACAUUGACAUCUUGCAAGACAUGAUUGUGUACAAUAUGGGAAGGGCUAAAUCCCAUUCUGUUUUGUUUCAACAUCAAAAAUGUUGUUUUUUGAAAGAUCUUGAUCUAUUGACCAUGCCCCAUGUAAUUUUAGUUUUAGCUUUUGGUCUAGGAAAUGUUCCUUUUUAGAGACAUUAAGAUCACACACAGCACAUGAGGUUGUUGAGUCCCAUCAUGCAUUUGUAACCAGACUCCAUUUAAGGAACACUUUUGUUCACAGAUCACAGGAGGGAAAGUCCCAAUGCAUUUUGGGAUAAAUUUUGUGAUCUCUAAUAUUAUCAUAACUAUAUAUAGUUUGUACAUUAGAAGAUGUUCAUUUUGUUUAUUUUAUACUCUGAUAGAUAAUAUAGGAUGUAUAUGUUUUAAACCAUUUUAUAGUCAUUCCAAAGUAUUGCAAUGUACAAUUUGAUGCUAUGCUGAAACUGUGUAGUAAGCAGUCCACUCCAUGGUGCUAUUAUUAUAUAAAGUGGGCUCUUGUACAUUUUCCAUUAUACAUGCAUGUUAUUUUACUUUAACUGACAAUUAAAAACUUACAACCUCAAUGCAUGAUAGUUAAAUACCUCCUUUGAUAACAAGUUUUCCUUUCCUUAAUAUUUUAUUUAAAUUGUUGUGUAAAAGUAUUGGAAGGGAUUAUGUUGUUUUGAUGCUUUUUCACCUUAUGGUAUUUUUUGUAUGUUUGUAAACAAAUUGUGGUCAAUUAUUUCAUUAUUCAGUAAAUAUGAAAGAAUUAGUCAUAUUAAAUUUUACAAUGUAAAAUGUUUUAGUUGGUAUUUCAAUCUUAGAUUUAAGAAUGAAGCGAUGAAAUUGUGUUUUGCUUGUAUGAAAGUUUUUCACGUGUGUUUCCCAGGCACAUAUCAGUAGGAUUAGAAUAUCUGUAUAAUAUGUGUAGUUGAUUAUUUUAACAUAUCCAAACUGUCUCCUAUGUAUACUUAUGUAGAAAAUUGAGUCUAUUGAAAAAUGCACUGAUAUUGUACAAUGGAUUUCUCUUGACAUUCAGAACUAUCUGGAUAUCCUAAUAUCCCGAUUCUACAAUAUGUCAACCUUUUUCCUUUCCAGAAACUGAAGCGAAACUGAUAUUUUAUAAACAAAAUAAGCAUUGUAUCGUUAUCCGUGGAUUUUUUAAAGACUCAAUGUUGCGCAUCCAUGAAGGGAGAUCAUGUUAGAAACCAGAUGUUUCCACUUAUUUAGCAUUCAAAACAUUGUUUAUAUUACUCAUGUAGUAUAUUUAUUAAAUCAUUUUGUAUAUAAGUACAUUUAUUCAUACUUUCACACAGUUUCAUACUAGGCCCUUUCAAUUAGCGAACACAUGUAUUCCAUAUUUAGAACUAUAACUAUAAUUUGAAAAUCCAUUAGCCUUAAUAUAAGGCCCAUAGCCAGAACUGAAAAUGACAGAAACAUUUUUUGAAAAGCACAUGUUAUAUUUUAUUUACAUUUUGUAUAUAGAUUUUUAUCAUUUUUGAUCCAAAAAAGCUACAGUUUUUUAGAAUUUUUUUUAACUUUGUCAUGUUCUGGCUGUGGUGCUGCUCUUGCAUCAAGUCCUGCUAUUAGAGCCAUCUAUAUUUAUUUACCCUUAGCGAA